AUGCGUUUUACUGCCUUGUCCGCGGCCUGUCUGGCCCUCGCACAGCAUGUGUAUGCGCUGCCCGUCGAGACCAGCGAGACUUCCGCUCUUGAUGUCACCCUGAGCCAUGUGAGCGACACCCGCAUCAAGGCCAUUGUGAAGAACACCGGCGCCGAGAAUGUCACGUUUGUGCACCUGAAUUUCUUCCAUGACAGUGCACCCGUCAAGAAAGUUGCGGUGUACCAAGAUGGUAACGAGGUUGAGUUCGACGGUAUCAAGCGCCGCUUCCAACUCCAGGGGCUGGCUUCGGAGUCUCUCACCACUCUGGGUGCCGGAGAGACCUUUGAAGAUGAGUUUGAUGUUGCGGAAACAACGGACCUGUCCAACGGAGGUGCCAUCACUCUAUCCUCCAGCGGUUUGGUGCCUAUCGUGAGCGAGGGGGCCGUGUCCGGAUAUCUGCCCUUCAGCUCGAAUGACCUCAAGAUCGAGGUGGAUGGCGUCAAGGCCUCACAGGUGAGCAAGGCUAUCAAGCCGCUCGACCGCCGCACCAAAGAGAGCUGCAGCAACGCGAGUCGCAAGACUGCGCUCGACAAGGCGCUCGCCAACACCGUGAAGCUGGCCAACGCCGCUGCCACCGCCGCCAAGUCCGGAUCGGCCUCCAAGUUCAGCGAGUAUUUCAAGACGACUUCCAGCUCCACCCGCUCCGUCGUCGCGGCGCGACUGACUGCCGUGGCAAAGGAGGCCGCGUCGGCCAGCUCUGGAUCGACCACCUACUACUGCAGUGACCCCUAUGGAUACUGUGAGACCAACGUUCUGGCAUACACGCUGCCGUCCCGCAACAUCAUCGCCAACUGCGACAUCUACUACUCCGAACUUCCUGCUUUGACAGGUACCUGCCAUGACCAGGACCAGGCGACGACCACCCUGCACGAGUUCACCCACGCACCUGGUGUGUAUAGCCCCGGCACUGACGAUCUGGGAUAUGGCUAUUCGGCCGCCACCUCCCUUAGCAGCAGCCAGGCUGUGCUGAAUGCGGACUCAUACGCCCUGUACGCCAAUGCCAUCAACCUCGGCUGCUGA